CCUCACUUUCUUUUCCCUCACUUUCCAUCCCUUUCCCAGUUCCAAAGAAAGAGGAAAUCCCAGGCUUUCCCGCCCAGAUGAACAGAGGAGAGGCAAAAGGUAGUAAGGUUCUCUCUCUCUCUCUCUCUCUCUCUCUCUCUCUCUCUCAUGGCCUCGGACGCCCUCUACAACACCCACGUAAAACUCCUAGCCAUCGACUUUCUCUCUCUCACCCCAACCCCCUCAAACCCCCUCACCUUCACCCUCUCCUCCACCCUCCUCCUCCUCACCCGCGCUGAAACUCUCGGCGUCGUCACCACCCGAGAGCUCAAACCCGACAGGUUCCUCAAAUUCAGCGUCGACGACGGCACCGGAAUCAUCCCUUGCAUACUCUGGCUCAACCACCUCACCUCCCCUUACUUCUCCCGCCGCAGCCCCUCGGAUGUUCGCUUAAUUGCCGAUGCCGCCGCCCAAUUCGCGUCCCGAGUCCAACUCGGCGCCGUUUUGAGAGUGCGCGGACGGAUCACGGGGUACAGGGGUUCGGUUCAGAUCACGGUUUCGGAUGUGGUUGCGGAGAGGGAUCCCAAUGCGGAGGUGUUGCACUGGCUGCAGUGCAUCAAGUUGGCCCGUAAGUGUUACCACUUGCCCCAAUAAACAUAAAUUUACUUAAAUGAAGCAAUGUCCCAUUGACAUAUUAUGCAUAGUGUUGUGCAAAUUGUUAUGUUUGUAGCAUGGCUCGUAUCUCAUAAGCAGAAUUGGUUUUCUUGAUUUCCUAUAGUUUCUUGUUACGUUUUCGUGAUCUCUGUUGUGUAUACUAUAAGAUGGUUUGGAUAAUAUUAGCUGUUAUUUGUAAUUUGAUUGUUCUAAUUAAUUAGGGGAAGUGUAGAGUGGCAGGAAAUUAUUUAUUUAGUCUUUUCACUUUAAAAGAGGGACAAAAUUGUUCUUGAAUUCAAUACAUCUCAAGGGUAAUUAAUUAUUAGCAAUACCUUGAUCCCUUUGCUCUAAUUUCCUAUAACAACCAGCAUUCCCUUAGUGACGGAGAAAAAAUGUCACUAGGGGGAGUAGCAUCAGCUUUGUUCUUGAAUCUCAAUCAAUGGAUCUCCAACAAAAGAGUUGGAGAGGCUUAACUCUCAGAACAAGCGAAUUCCCUAUUGCCGUUUUCAUUUAAUGUGGUGGCGCUUUUUCACAUAGCUUUGGAGGUUGGAUUCAAUAGAGGGUUUGUAUUAGGGAACGUAACGGUCUGAUCCAUCGCUUAAAGUGCGCACACGCCAUGAUAAUAAUCUGCAAGGAGGAUAUGGGGAGUAAGUGAAGUAUUAAAAUUAUUCUUAGGUGUUUUGAGUUUUGUCAGGCCUUAAGGGCAACUUUUUGAGUUGUGUGGUGGAAGUCUUUGAAGAAUUCAGAAGACAUUCAGAUGUAAUCCAGGAGUGUUGCCUUCCAAUUAUCUUGGGCUACCAUUAGGUGCAAAUCACGGAUGGGUGAAGAUAUAGCAACCAGCUCGUGAUGAAUUAAAUAGAAAAGUGGCUUUGUGGAAGAAGAAAUACCUCUUAUAGGGAGGACAGUAUUGAGAAACCUACCUGUGUAUUUCAAGUCCCUAUACAAACUGCCUGUAAAAAGAUGUAAAAGUACCGGGAAAUUAUGCGGGCUUGAGGAAAAAAUGAAGAGAAAAGACGAUAAUGUUCUAUCACUCAGAAUUGGCCAGUCGCUUAGAGCAAAAAAGAGGGACAUUGAAGCGUUGGUAGGUUGUUUUCAAGAAGCUGCUCCAUUGGGGCGAACUGGUGGUGGAGGUUUGGGCAAGGAGAGGGAGGUUCUGGUUUGAGGAGCAAACUCACAGUUUCAAAUACAAAAGCAGAUUGUUACCAUGUGGAGUCCAGGAAAGGGCAGGGUGUUGCAGGGUCGGGAUGACAGCUUAUAUUAUUUUCUCUUUAAUCGAGAGUUUUGUUGGGACAUAAGAGUAGCUAGGAACAUGCAGAAGAAGCUUCUGGAAUGAUGUCUGGUGGUGUGGAAGAACACUGAAAGAGGUUCUUCAAAGGUUAUUGCUGUCACAUAGGCAGGAAAGUUUUAACGAUUGAAACUUCGUGUAACCUGUCUAUUAGGGGGAGCGUAUAGGAGGAAAAUUGUUGUCAGAUUAGAAAAUCAUUUGAGGACAUAAAGAAGAGAACUUUCAUCUUGCCAUAUGGCCCAUACCUUGUUAUCAUCUAGAUGGGUUUUUGAUGCUUAUUCUUUUGGGUGAUUUGGGUACAAUUCUUUGUUUAGUGCCUCUUCCUUGUGCUAAGAUAACAAAGAGAAAACCUAACUAACAAUGUCUAGAAAUUAUGCCUUGAGAAGCCCAAAAACUAGCCUCAAAGAAGAAUUGUCAAUAUAAAUUAAAUAACUAGGCAAAUUUGGAAAAUACCAAUCGUUUAAUUUAUAUUUAAAUUUGUGGCUGCAGACUGCAGUAGGCAAGCAAAGGAUCUGCAUUCUUGUAAUUUGCUUACACAAACAAUUA